AUGGGCCAGAACUAUGGUCAUGUCACUGCUCUAUUCCUACAACCAGAGGUAUAUCAAGCAUACCUACGGGAUCUGUGGUUGACCAAUACUCACUAUGACGUCAACGCUACCGACGAAUAUGGGAUGACACCCCUCAGAUGGGCCUCAGGGGGUGGCCACGAGGUGGUAGCGAGGCUUCUUAUCGACAAAGGGGCAGACGUCAACGUUACCGACGAAGAUGGAAUGACACCACUCAGAUGGGCCUCGGGGGAUGGCCACGAGGCGGUAGUGAGGCUUCUUAUCGACAAAGGGGCAGAUGUCAACGCUACCGAUAAACACGGAAUGACACCCCUCAGAUGGGCCUCAGGGGAUGGCCACGAGGCGGUAGUGAGGCUCCUUAUCGACAAAGGGGCAGACGUCAACGCUACCGAUAAACAUGGAAUGACACCACUCAGAUGGGCCUCGGGGGAUGGCCACGAGGCGGUAGUGAGGCUUCUUAUCGACAAAGGGGCAGACGUCAACGCUACCGACGAAGAUGGAAUGACACCACUCAGAUGGGCCUCGGGGGAUGGCCACGAGGCGGUAGUGAGGCUUCUUAUCGACAAAGGGGCAGACGUCAACGCUACCGAUAAACAUGGAAUGACACCACUCAGAUGGGCCUCGGGGGAUGGCCACGAGGCUGUAGUGAGGCUCCUUAUCGAAAAGGGAGCGCGAGAUAGACCCGGGCAUUCAACCUAUUAA